UCCCCUCCUUUUCUAUUUUCAAGAUACGAAAGUACCAUAUCAAUGUUUCCUACUUUCCCUCCCGAGCGAGGGUGAGAGGAGUCCUGGGUGACCGGUUUCUCCUAGCGUGACACUUAACACACCCGAUCGAACGUUAAUCGUCCCAUUUAGCAUCGCACAGUCCGUAUCAAUAAUUGAAAGGCACGGAAGAGCGAUCGAUCGCCUCGGCCUCCGCCACCGGUUCUGUCGGACCGUGUUCCUCGACCGCAGGACCGGCUCCGUUUCCGUCGCGGUUUCUAGACGCCGCAAGUCAAAAAGCGCGAGUAGAUAAGGCCCCCCGAUAAGGAGGCCGCGUUUCGCCGAGUCGGCGGCCCCUUUAAACUGGAUCUAGAUCAGGAGGAGAGUUCGAUGCAUCCGAUGCGUUAUCGCGAAUCCCGAGAGCAUCUUAUCGUAGCGGCUAGUCCAGUUCCUAGGAGUUCCGCAAAUCGGCAGUCGCACCGAGCGAGGGGCCGCAGUCGUGACACCGGCCGUGUUCAAAGCGUGACAUAGAAACGGGUGCCAAUGGCGUCGCCGAGGACGAUCGACGGGCCCCUCCUGGAGGAGAAAACCGUGCGACGAAGUGCCGUGCCCAUUUUGCAUACGCGCGGCACCCACUACGAGGUCGGCUUCGACGUCGGCUACACGUUCUCCGGGAUGAUCCAGGAGCACGUCGAUGAGUACAGGCCCCUGAAGGAGACGUACCUUCCGCUCUACGAGACGGAGGAGGGUCGCCGCAUCUACGAAGAGACGUUGGAGUCCGUCACGAGGCAGUUCCCGCAGUAUGUCCGAGAGCUCCAGGGCACGGCAGACGGAGCAAAGGUUCCCUUCCACAAGCUCUUUCUGAUGCACUUGGACGACGUCUUGCCAAACGCCCUGGAGACGGGGAACACCGACGAGAAGAAGCCGGACUCGGGUGGAUGCUCUUCCGUAGUCUGCAACGAGCCCGGCCAGGAGAUCCUGGGCCACAACGAAGACGCCUACACGUCUGUCCUGAACCAUUGGUACUUGGUAAGUGCCCACGUCGUAGAGGAUGGUCUCAGGGAGGAGAAGUUCACGUCCCUCAGCUACGCGGGAUUCUUGCCGGGAUACACCAUGGGGUACAACCACCACGGCCUGGUGUACACCAUCAAUACCCUCAGCGCCAGGAGGCUGAGGUCCGGCAAAACACUUAGGUACUUUCUGGCCAGGUCGCUUCUCGGAGUGGAGAAUUUCGAGCAGGCUCAGGAAACUCUCAGGAAUGACGGUUGCGGGGCUGCCGAAGGGUUUUCCGUGAACCUGACCUUCUUGUACCAGGAGGGCGACAGGUUGUUCCAUAACAUUGAGGUAGGACCCCCCGAGGAGGAGGCCAGUCAGUCUCGACUUGACAUCCUCACGGCGAAACCUGGAGAAAAUUUAUUCCAUUGCAACAAGUACUUGAGACUCCAGGUGCCCGAGGUGGACGGCUUGAUAAUAGAUAGCAGCGUGUGGAGGAUGGCCGCGAUUUGUCGACACUCCCUGCCCAAGUCAAGAGAGGAUGUCAUUAAUAUUCUGAGCGACCAGACGGACGACAAGUUCAGGGUCUUCCAAGAGAUUCAACCGGAUGAUUACGUGAAAACUAUCGCAGUGGGAAUUUUUGACUGCAUCGGCAAGACCUGGUCGAUCUACAUGGACGUCCCUAGCUGCAAUGAACCCGUGGUGGUGUUGCCUCUGCUACUCAAAGAUGAUACUUCCGCGUGUCUAAAAAAUUUGUAAAGGAUGUUACGAAAGUCUAUGUGAAGAUUGGAAGCUUGUAUCAAG